AUGGCGCGAAAAAAGCUCUCUGUACGAAGAAGAAUAAGUGUCGGUCAACCAUUACCGUCUGACCAUCUACAAAAAUGCUCGGAUUUUCGAAAGUUCGUUGCAGCUGAAGCCUUAAACGUAUCCCCUUUCAAUUUGGGAAAUAUUGAUGAAGUACCAGUUCCCUUUGAUAUCAUCUAUGAACGGACAGUUGAUGUGAAGGGACGAGAGAACAUUAAAAUUGAUUCUACCGGCCAUGAGAAAUCUAAUUUUACUGUUGUAUUGGGAGUGACUGCUGCUGGAGAGAAACUUAAACCAAUGCUAAUUUUUAAGAAGAAGUUAAUGUCAAAAGGAUAA